AUGGAAAACACUCAAUCCGAAAUCGUUGAAUCUUUAGACUCGUUAAAGGAAUUAAAUUCCAAACUCCUAGCGCAGAUUGAUGAACUUAGGAAAGAGAAUGUUAAUGUCAAGGCCGAAAAUGCAAAAUUAAAACAAGCUUUAGAAGAACAUGAAAGCAGAUUCACGAAUCUAGAACGGAGAGAUGAAGAAAAAAGCAACACUUUAGCUAAACUGGAAUACGACGUCUCACUAAUCAAGGAAGAGAGCUUGCAAGACAAUAACACGACUUCAGUAAGUAAAGAAAUACCGGUUUCUUCUGAAACAUGUCAACCAAUUCGUACAGAUCCUAAAUCGUUGGAAGAUAAAAAGAUUGAUGAUUUUCUGGAUUUAACGGAAAAGGGAAGGGUUAGUAAUAUGAUGAAGGAGAGAAACCGGGAAAAGAGAUUUCGAGAUCAAGAAUCGAUACAAAAAACAUCUUUCUCUUCUGAGAAUCCUACAACUGAGGUACGGAGCGCCAUUUCUCACAAAAUAAUUUCUCAAGAUACUAUUCCUUCUGAAAUAGCGAAAAUUCCCUAUAACCAGAAGGUAGAGCAAUGUUUAAGGGAUGAAUUUUCCGUUUGCGUCAAAAGUGAUAAUAGUGUAUUUGAUAUAUAUAUUCCCGAAUUCUCUUUAGAAGCAAUUAUAAGGGGAUCUGGAAAAAUUACGGCUCAAAAUAUAGUUGAUGUAUUUAUUGUUGCUAUGAAGACUAGACAAAAAGAGAUUUUAUGCUGGUAUUGUUACUAUAAAUUAUAUGAGGAUCGAAUCGAAGAUAUUAAGCGAAUAAAUAAUAUUGAUGAUCAAAAGGCAAGAACAUUGGUAUAUAACGAAAUAAAAUUACUUCUUCCUGAUAUUACUGAUAUAAAUUUGCGACAGAGAACCUUUAAAGCUAAAAAAAUUUAUAUAUUAUUUAUGGGAGUAGGGAUAGAUAGAAUUAGACAAGUAAGUAUAUCUGAUGAAGAGACAAAGUCUCGAGUCUCCAACUCAUCGAUUCCCUUGGAAUCAUCUAUCGAUUCUAAAAAAAUAUUAGAAGCUGAGAUAAGUGAGGAGGCCAAGAAAAUGUCUUUACCGGAAUCUGAGGUAAGUAUAAGCGCAUUGUCUGAAAAUGUUUCACCGGAAAAAUUGCCAGAAAGCCAGGUAAGUAUUUCAUCUGAGUCAAAAAAAGUAUCAGGAACCGAGUUAAGUAUACCACCAUCUAAUACCCUUCCAAGACUCUUUCCAUUCAAGAAGAUGCUAUCAAAAGAGGAGCGUAAUCAAGUUAUUAACAAAUUAACCAUGCGUUUCACUGAUUCUCCAAAAUUGGACAAAGAUUAUAGUAUAGAUAAGGAAGGCGAGCACCAGAGUGAUUCUUAUUGGAUUUUCGGUUCACGUUGUCCAAUAUGUAGAGGAAAUCAUAUGAGUUUACAAGGUAAUUGGUGGUUUGAUAAUCGAAGUAAAAAUAUAUAUUAUUAUUUGCAUUGCACUAAUUUAAAAGAGCCAGGAAUUUCUAUUGAUGAGGUAUUAGAAGCUUAUCCUGAAAAUUCAAAACCGAUUCAGGAGUUAAAAACUCAACGCUUCACAUCACCUAUCCCUUGGAACAAGGCUCUUAUAUUUCCAAAUAAAAACAUAGCAGUGGAAGCAUAA